GGCCAUUCCAACCCCGUACACAGUAAAGCGACAUUACAUCAUGGCGCGCCGUGCUGGGGACUUGCAAGUUGAACCUUCCCUCUUGCGAACUUACACUAGUCUAUGCACGCCUUUCUGCUCAUUUCAAAGGGCUCUUUACCAACGUCUCAUCUUGCUGCAGCAGGCGAGUUCUGGGUUCCGCACAACUUGAAAAAGGGCGCUUGGGCUCUUCAAGGACGAAGACGCGCCUGGUAUUGGUGGAGCGGCGUGUAAAGAGGCGGCGGCCACAGCCACUUCCACUUUGCCCUGGGUCUUCGUACACUACAGACUGCACUCCAUCCUCAGCCCCCGACCACCCGAAGCCGUUUCGUCGCUUUGAGAAUUCGACGGGCUGCCCAUUGACGCUUAUGACAUUACCUUGCAACGCUUGUCAGACACGGCCGCGUCAUGCUUCCCCAUUGCUAGAGAAGCAAUGCCCAAGAUAAAGCAUCGCUCGUCGCGCCGCGCGCCGCCGCCCAAAGACAGUGACUUUGACCACGAGAUCAAGCUAGUAGACCACUCAGCUCCCGCCCCACGAUCUUCGGGCCAGGACGAGUCAUCUCGCCCGACCUCGUCGCGCGAGACUGCCGAUGCGGGCCCAUCCUCGGCUCGGCCAGGCUCCGGAAUCGCACCCUACAGCCUGGACAAUGGUGAAGUCGGGGCUGUGGGGAAUGGGACCAGGACCGGCCCAGAUGACGAACGAGCCUCAUCUAUACCCAAUGGCAAUGGCCCCUCUGUGCAGGUCGAACAACCCACUCCCCUGCACGAACCCCAAGGGCCAGCAGAUACAGGAGCGUUGACGACAUCGACAGCGGCGGAUAGCAAGAUGGCCAAGUCAAACACCAAGCCGAAGUCGCCCGAGUCCGUGGUUGACAUUCUAUACGAGAACCAGAGAGGCGGCUUCCUCUGCGGCAUUCCGCUGUUCUCGUCCAAGGCGCUCGGCAAUCUCGACCCGCCGCCUUGGACCAACUCGGCCAACCACGCGAGCCCUACAGACAUAUACACGGCGCAAGUGCCGGAUCCAAGCUGGGAAUGGGGGUGGUCGGCCUGGCGGAUUAACCACGACGAUGAAGUGGACGAAGAUGGCUGGGAGUACUCGUUCAUGUUCUCCAAGAAGUUCUCGUGGCACAAGGCGCGCUGGUGGAACUCGUUUGUCCGUCGCAGGGCGUGGAUCCGGAAGCGAGUCAAAAAGGAUCAGGGUUAUCUCGAGUCGUUGGAUCCGCACAUGCUCAACACCGAGUACUUUACGAUUCGGUCGUCGAUGGACCUGAGCUUGGAACGCAGCCCUAGUAGGGGUGCCAGCAACCGGGGCAGUAGGGUGAGCUUGAGCACGGGGAAUCUCGAACCCGUCGAGAAGCCUGAUAUUGAGCACACCGACACGCUCCUGGCGGUGCUGCGCGAGUCUAGGAUCGACAGGGAGAAGAUUGAAGCCGUCGAUAACUAUCUAGAACACGCAGUGGACGACCUCGCGGGGCUGAAGGAGGCCAUGCACGAAGUCAUGUCCGUCUUUGUCUUCCAAGCGUCGCGCCGCGUGCUCUUAGUGAAGCUGACGGAAGUAUACGACAAAAUGGCUGCAGAGCAGAACAAGGCGGGCAAGGACCAAGACAAGGCAGAUGCCACUCAGAAAGAGAAGAAUCUUGAGGCGGCGAUCCACCACGCGGAUGAAGAAGUGAGAAGGCUCGAGUAUUGGAGUGACGUGAAGAGCAUGGCUGAGGAGGGAGACUCGAAAGGCGCGGCUGACCACCAGCAAGGUUGGGACCCGAGCUGGCAAGGCGUCGACAACUCUGGCCCGUCAGCGCCAGUGCCCGAGCACGGAUGAAGCAACUCGGGGGCACAACCGCAACGGAAGACGACUUGAUGACUAUAUCCCUUAUUAUCCUUGGUUAUUAUAGCUAAUUAUUAUAAUUCUGGUUAGCCGUGAGCGGCGAGGCAUGGCUUUGGUAAGAUGCCGCGGACAAGGGACCUGUACUACGGUAUUACCAAAAAGGGCUAGAAACUAUAUACCCCGCAAAAGAUUGGGUUCUAUUUCAGCGCAUAAAUUUGAACUUGAUGUGUACGUGUAGAAUCGCAGACUGAGGCAAUUGGGAAGGACGAGCCGCGAUUCAUUUUGGGGCAAGCUUCAAACCCAGGGUUAGGGUUCAUAGCAUCGGCAAUGUUUGACGGGAGCCCCUAACAUCGAUAUUACAGGUGGCUGCGGGGGCGGGACAGUCGCU